AUGAGAUAUUUGUUUUUUACCGACUGGGGUCACCAUGCUUUCAUAGCAAGAGUUGGUUUGGAUGGAAAAAACUUCUCAAGAAUAGUGUUGUAUGACAAUAAACUUGUAUGGCCAAACGCGCUAACUAUUGAUUACUUCAGUGAUAAAAUAUUCUGGGCUGAUGCACAUCUUGAUCACAUUGAAUAUGCAGAUUUUGAUGGUAAAAACAGACACAUCAUCUUAUCCGGUACAUCUGUUCCACACGUUUUUGCAAUGACACUCUUUGAUGAUUGGAUAUAUUGGACAGAUUGGAAUCUGAAAAGAAUUUUUAGAGCUCAUAAAUAUAAAGGAAAUAAUCUAGAGGUUUUGCGAAAUACUUCCCAUAGUCCUUAUGAUAUCCAUAUUUAUCAUCAUCUUAGACAGUUACCAUAUGAUAACCCAUGCAAGAAUAAUAAUGGAGGUUGUAGUCAUUUAUGUCUAAUUUCACCUGGUGGAAAAACCUAUAGUUGCAGUUGUCCAAACAAUUUUGUUCUUCUUUCGGAUAAUCGCACUUGUAUAGCCAAUUGCACUAAACGUCAGCAUCGUUGCAGUGGCGAUGACGACCGGUGCAUACCUAUGUUUUGGAAAUGUGAUGGAAAUAAGGAUUGUCAAGAUGGUUCAGAUGAAAUGGAUUGCCCACCAUUUACAUGCAAAGUGGGACAGUUUCAAUGUGCCGACAACAAAACUUGCAUUUCUCGUGUCCGAGUCUGUGAUGGAAAGAAUGACUGCCAAGACAAUUCUGAUGAAAAAUAUUGCGAUUUACAUUGUGGUGAAAAUAGCUUUAAAUGCAAACGUUCUGGAAGAUGUGUACCCAAUACAUGGCAUUGCGAUGGUGAUAAUGUUUGUGCCGACGGAUCCGACGAAGAUCCAGAAAUUGUGCAUAAACAAAAAUGUGAUCCAGAAACACAAUUCAAGUGCCAAAAUGGAAAAUGUAUCCCAAAACUUUGGUUCUGUGAUUUUGAUGAUGACUGUGGUGAUAAUUCAGAUGAACCUUCACACAGAUGUAGAAACAGAAACUGUACUACAGGAUGGAAGAAAUGUCCGACAGUCGGUAACUAUCGAUGCAUACCCUCUUGGUUAUUCUGUGACGGCAAAAACGAUUGUCGUGAUAACUCAGACGAAACGACUCCAGAGCACUGUCCAAAAUGCCACGAAUCCGGAAAUUUCCGCUGUAAAAAUAACCGCUGCAUUCCUUUAAGGUGGCGGUGUGAUUUUGAAGAUGACUGUAGGGAUAACUCUGAUGAAGAAAAAGAAAGUUGCACCAAUCUCUAUCGUGAUUGUUCUGAAAGUGAGUUUCAGUGCAAAAAUAAGAAAUGUAUACCAAUGAAGUGGCGAUGCGAUCAUGACGAUGACUGCGAAGAUGGAAGCGACGAACAAAAUUGCAAAGAUUUUACUUGUAAACCAGACCAGUUUAAAUGCUUAAGUGGGCAUUGUAUUAAUGCAAAAUUGAGAUGUGAUGGGAACAAGGAUUGUAAAGAUACUUCGGACUAGCUCCAUUGUCCGACACGUUUUCCAAAUGGCAGAUAUUGCCAAGAAAAUAUGUUUCAAUGCAAUAACACAAUCUGUUUACUUCAUGAUUUUGUUUGUGACGGAGAUGACGACUGUGGAGACAACUCUGAUGAACAUGAUAGUGUCUGUUCCAAUUUCUCCUGCGACACUUCUCGUAAAUUCCUGAAAAAUCAUCGCUGCAUUCCAAAAUGGCAAACCUGCAAUGGUCGCAAUGACUGUGGAGAUGGAAGCGACGAAAAUGACCAUUCCAUGUGCUACAGACCUCCUCCCUCCUGCAAAAAAGGACAAUUUAAGUGCGCUAACGGAAAAUGUAUUGAACUGACAAAAGUCUGCGAUCACGAAGACGACUGCGGAGAUCUUUCGGACGAAGUGGGAUGCAAUGUUAGUAAAGGUGGAUGUCAACAUAAUUGCACAUCUCUAAAAGAUAACGGAUAUAUUUGUAUCUGUGAUAAAGGAUACAAAGUAAAUAGCAAGGAUACUAAAUUAUGUGAUGAUAUAAACGAAUGUGCCAAUUUUGGAAAUGACUGUUCGCAAAUAUGUACAAACACCAAAGACUCAUAUACAUGUUCUUGCCACGAGAGUUUCCAACAAUAUGGAAAACACUGUGCCGCCACAGCAGAUUCCAACUUACUCGUAUUGUAUGCCGUCGGUCCCGAAAUUCGUUCGUUGGAUCCCCGCCUGCAGAUUCAGUCUUCUGUCAUCAACAACCAGACCAGGAUUCAGGCAUUUGACUUUGAUCCAGUGAGAGACAUCGUCUACUGGGCAGAUUCAUUUGACAAAACAAUAAAACGUUCUUUCCUUCUCGACACGAAACACCAAGGAACAGGUUACGCCCAGAAUCUGGAACUGAAGGGAAUUACCAAACCGACGGCCAUUGCCAUAGACUGGGUGGGAAGGUAAAUAUUUUUUUUAAAUAAGACUUUGUAUUGGAUGGAUAUCAAUCUCUGCGGAAACAAACCUCAGGAAAGAAUAUUUGUCGGUCACCUGGACGGACGUUACAACACAGUCGUCUCCACCGGACUGGAAAAUCCCACGUCGUUGGCUCUGGAUCCAGAAUUGGGGCUGAUGUUCUGGACUGAGAGCAGUACGCUGCCAAAGAUAGAGAGUGCGUGGAUAGACGGAAACAAGCGGAAGACUCUGGCAGACGAAAAACUGGGCCAUCCCACGGGUCUGACGGUGGAUUAUGCCCAAAAUCACAGAAUCUACUGGUGUGACACAAAGCAGAAUGUCAUAGAGUCGAUGAAUGUGGAUGGAUCCGAUCGCAAGAUCGUGCUCGGAGGAGAUUUACAUCAUCCUUCUGGCCUGGACAUUUUUGAGGAUCACAUGUACUGGAUUGAGAAGGAUUCCGGAGAAAUAUAUCACCAGGACAAAUUUGGAAGGGGUGUCAAAGUCCGCGCAAGAUGGAGUUUGGAAGUAACACCCGCUGGCGUCAAGAUAUAUCACCAGCAGAAAUAUAACAUGUCGAUUACCAACAGAUGUUCCACCACAUCUUGCACUCAUCUCUGCCUGUUGAUUCCUCGAGGAUACCAGUGUGCCUGUCCUGACGGCACUCUGUUCGAAGGAGGGAGCCUAGAAUCCUGCAACGCAGGAUUUGAGAAUCCCAAGCCCCAACCCGAGAGGUGUCUGUUCGAAAACGGAGGCUACUGCGAGUUGGCGGCGGGCAAAAUAAUCUGUAGAUGUCCAGAAAAUUUCGUGGGGGUACACUGCAGCGUGAUGGUGCAGCAGGGUGCCAUCAGCCUGGCCUCUCACAGUAAUACUGCAGCCAUCAUCAUCCCGAUACUGGUCAUAUUGUUGAUUUUGGUGACGGCCACGGGUCUUCUGUGUUUUUUCCGUCAGAAAAACUUAAAAUCAGGCAGCUUGGUCAAUCACAAUCAAAGCGUUUCCUUCCGCAUCGGAACAAACGUGGAGCUACCCACUCCAUCUUUACGAAACGGCACCCAAGAUAACAUCUAUAAGCAGGAACCACUGGAUGCAGAAUUCCACUUGGAAGACACCGAAAAACCUACCGAUUUCAGCAAUCCCAUGUACGACGCCAUCGAUACGAUGGGGGUGGAGCCCACCGACAAAGAGGUGGGACUGUACGAGGUUCCCGGAGAACUGAUGGACAAAGACGCCUUCGGUUCCGUCUACAACGGAGGAAAGGCGGCCAUCCUCACGCCCUCUGACGUGGUACACUGGUCCUCGCUGAUGUUCUGGACUGAGAGCAGUACGCUGCCAAAGAUAGAGAGUGCGUGGAUGGACGGAAACAAGCGGAAGACUCUGGCGGACGAAAAACUGGGCCAUCCCACGGGUCUGACGGUGGAUUAUGCCCAAAAUCACAGAAUCUACUGGUGUGACACAAAGGAGAAUGUCAUAGAGUCGAUGAAUGUGGAUGGAUCCGAUCGCAAAAUCGUGCUCGGAGGAGGUGGGUCGUAUGCCCUAACUUACUUUGUGGGUUCUAUCCAGGACAGAAUUUAA